AUGCCUCACUUGAGGGCCCACGCGGACGUACCACCGGCCGCCUCCUCGCCGCUCUAUGCUGCCGUUCGCAGCGGCCAUGAGGAAGCCGUGGGCCGGCUGCUUUCAGGCAAUGCCAAUCCCAACCACUCCGUGUCUAUUCGGGGUCCGUCACCGAUGCGGGCCGCUGUGCUCAAUGGCCACACUGAGGUGAUGGGGCGAUUGAUCUCCGGCGGGGCGACAGUGAAUCCGGACGAUGUCUGGGCCGCUCUCUUGCUUGGAAAUCUCCGUGGAGCGCGGCGGCUAGCGAAGGCUACGGGCUAUUCCUGGGCCCUGCUCCGACGUGGAUGCUGGCUGCUGGCAGGCUUGCUCGGCACCUGUGCUGCAACAUACGCCCUCUCCGGGGCACUUCUUCAGCGAGCCGUGGCAGAACUUCUCCUUUUGGAGGGUCUGCCGCAGCAGAUUGCGGAGUAG